UCAGAGGCGCGCCUAGCCCAAACCUGUGCGGGUCCUGCGGGCGGGAGUCGUGCCCCUCCGAGCUCAUGGUGCGCCCCGGCUGCGCGUUGUUGAGAAAGUAUGGAAAUUUCAUUGAUAACCUAAGACUCUUCACCAAGGGAGGAAGCGGCGGAAUGGGUUACCCUCGUUUAGGGGGAGAAGGUGGAAAAGGUGGUGAUGUCUGGGUUGUAGCCCAUAAAAAUAUGACCUUAAAACAACUUAAAAACAAAUAUCCUCAGAAACGGUUUGUGGCUGGAGAAGGAGCCAACAGUCGAGUUAGUGCACUGAAGGGCGCCAAAGGUAAAGACUGUGAAAUCCCUGUACCUGUGGGUAUUUCUGUAACUGAUGAAAAUGGUAAAGUUAUAGGAGAACUCAAUAAAGAAGAAGACAGAAUUCUAGUUGCUAAAGGUGGCCUUGGUGGCAAAUUACAUACAAAUUUCUUACCCUUGAAAGGCCAGAAGCAAAUAAUUCACCUUGACCUAAAAAUUAUAGCUGAUGUAGGCCUAGUAGGAUUCCCAAAUGCUGGAAAAUCCUCCUUGCUAAGUCGGGUUUCCCAUGCAAAACCUGUGAUUGCAGAUUAUGCAUUUACAACGGUAAGGCCUGAAAUUGGAAAGAUAAUGUACAAUGAUUUCAAACAGAUUUCAGUAGCUGAUCUCCCAGGUUUGAUAGAAGGAGCACAUAUGAACAAAGGAAUGGGCCACAAAUUCCUCAAGCAUUUAGAGAGAACCAAACAGCUGCUGUUUGUUGUUGAUAUUUCUGGAUUUCGGCUUUCUUCUGUAACUCCAUACAGAACAGCAUUUGAAACUAUAAUGCUUCUUACAAAAGAGUUGGAGUUAUACAAAGAGGAACUGCAGACAAAACCUGCACUCUUGGCAGUUAAUAAGAUGGACUUGCCAGAUGCCAACGUUAAACUUCAUGAACUGAUGAAGCAGCUCCAGAGCCCUGAAGAUUUCCUGCAGUUAUUUGAAAAAAACAUGAUUCCAGAGAAGGCUGUAGAGUUCCAGCAUAUCCUCCCCAUCUCAACAGUUACUGGUGAAGGGAUUGAGGAAUUGAAGACCUGUGUAAGAAAGGCGCUGGAUGAACAGGACCACAAAGAAAAUGAUGCCUAUCAUAGGAAACAGUUGCUUAGUUUGCAGAUGUCCAGUUCAGCAUCUUAGAGGGAGCCACAGCAAAGCGAGCUGUUGCCAUUUCCCGAAAAGGCAGCAUUUACAUCUAGGAAAGCCUAUUGAUGGGCUGCUUCUUGGUUCUAAGGAAGAAGAAAAUCAUGUUGUUCAAAACAUGGAUGAUCCUAGAAUGCAUUAUGUUUAAAGGAAUCGGGCAGACACAGCAAAACAAAUAUCGUGGUCUCACUCACACAUGGAAUCUUAAAACAACAAAUUAAACCUGAAAAAUGUCGAUUAUUUAUAUUAUUAACGGGAGCUAGAAAGUUAAGAGAUGUUGGUCAAAGAUACAAACUUUCAGUGAAACUCUGCAGCUCUGUUUAUACUUAGAACAACAUCUGCAUAUUUUGAAAAUUUGUAAGAAAGUAGGUUUAAGUGUUCUGGCAACAAAAAUAAUCUGAGAAAACGUAUUUUAAAACAGCUUGAUUUUUUUUUAUUUCAAAACAUGCUGUAUAUAAUAAAGACAUGUAUAAUUUUGUGUCAAUUAAAA